CGGCCGCGAGGACCCCUCCCCCCACCCCCGGGUGCCGCUCCCUCCUCGGCCGCCUCCUUCAACCUUGGUCCCCGCCGCCGGCCCAGGCCCCCCGAGCGCGGCGGCUGCAGCACCCGGCUCCGCUCGCCAUGACCUUACUGACCGCCGGCCGCCGGGCGGCCGCGCGCCUGCUGGGCGCCAAGAAUGCUCCAUGUAUAUUCUUCGCUGCCCGACACGCCAGCUCGACUUCCACGAACCUGAAAGACGUCCUUGCCAACUUGAUUCCCAAGGAGCAGUCGAGAAUCAAGAGCUUCAGGCAGCAGUAUGGGAACACGGUCAUCGGGCAGGUCACGGUGGAGAUGGUGUACGGCGGGAUGCGAGGCAUGAAGGGGUUAAUAUACGAGACCUCUGUCCUGGACCCCGAUGAGGGCAUCCGUUUCCGCGGGUACAGCAUCCCCGAGUGCCAGAAGCUGCUGCCCAAAGCCCCGGGAGGGGAGGAGCCCCUGCCCGAGGGCCUCUUCUGGCUGCUGCUGACCGGAGACAUCCCCACUCAGGAACAGGUGAGCUGGGUCUCCCAGGAGUGGGCCAAGAGGGCGGCUCUGCCCUCCCACGUGGUGACCAUGCUGGACAACUUCCCCACCAACCUGCACCCCAUGUCCCAGCUCAGCGCCGCCAUCACCGCCCUCAACAGCGAGAGCGGCUUCGCCCGGGCCUACUCGGAGGGCAUCAGCCGGGCCAAGUACUGGGAGUUCAUCUAUGAGGACUCCAUGGACCUGAUCGCCAAGCUGCCUUGCAUUGCCGCCAAGAUCUACCGCAACCUGUACCGCGAGGGCAGCAGCAUCGGGGCCAUCGACCCAGGCCUGGACUGGUCCCAUAACUUCACCAACAUGCUGGGCUACAGCGACCCCCAGUUCAUCGAGCUCAUGCGGCUCUACCUCACCAUCCACAGUGAUCACGAGGGCGGGAACGUCAGCGCCCACACCAGCCACCUGGUGGGCAGUGCCCUCUCAGACCCGUACCUCGCCUUCGCCGCAGCCAUGAACGGCCUGGCCGGGCCGCUGCACGGCCUCGCCAAUCAGGAGGUGCUGGGUUGGCUGACGAACCUGCAGAAGGAGCUGGGCCAGGACGUGCCUGACGAGAAGCUGCGAGAUUUCAUCUGGAACACGCUGAACUCCGGCCGGGUGGUCCCUGGCUACGGCCACGCCGUGCUGAGGAAGACGGACCCGCGCUACACCUGCCAGAGGGAGUUCGCCCUCAAGCACCUCCCCAAGGACCCCAUGUUCCAACUGGUGGCGCAGCUGUACAAGAUCGUCCCCAACGUGCUCCUGGAGCAGGGCAAGGCCAAGAACCCCUGGCCCAACGUGGACGCGCACAGCGGGGUGCUGCUGCAGUAUUACGGCAUGAAGGAGAUGAAUUACUACACGGUGCUGUUCGGCGUCUCGCGGGCCCUGGGCGUCCUGGCCCAGCUCAUCUGGAGCCGGGCGCUCGGCUUCCCGCUGGAGAGACCCAAGUCCAUGAGCACGGACGGCCUCAUGCAGCUCGUGGGCUUCAAAUCGGGGUAAAGGAAGGGAUUGGGGGUGGGGGGGGGGAAGCCCGUGCUUGCCAGCUGUCCGGGGGCCAUUUAAAGAGACAGUACGUAUUUUCCCUUCCAAGGGCCUCGGCCAGCCGCUAGAAUUAAACCUUUCUCUGAGGCACUGACCAUAAGUUUCAGGUUAUUUAUGGUGUAAAUUAAAACAAUCAGCCCCCUUCCCAUCCCCCCCCCUCCCCCCCCCCCCCGGCCACCAUUAGCGGCACCUCUGUUAAACUCCUGAGCCAACCAGAGCCCAGCAGCUCCCCUGGGAACCCCCCCCCGCACGGCUUUCUAGGGCAGCCCGCUCUGUCCCCCCGGCCAGGAUCCUGUACCGUACUAAGAGCUGCCUUGUCCAUGUCGCAGGCCCCCCCAGCCAGACGCGCUCCUAGGCCCAGAUCAAAGCCGCUUCGCCCUGAGCCAGAGCCGGCAGAGGGGUUGGCGUGUGAACGCUUGAAUCACUUCCUUUGCUGUGGGCCGGGGCAUCUCUGGGCUUUUCCUCCUCCCCGGGGAGGGCCUGGGCUGCCGGGGGCAGGGGCCAUCCUUGCUGUACACCAGGGGGACGGACCCUUUCUCAUCCCACCCCCUAGGGACUUACCCAGGCCUGCCCGUGAGCCCAUUGCUGCCUGGGGGAGAGGGGGCAGGGGUGGGGAAAGGCUGCGGUUGGGCUUUCCCUCUGAGGGGCGUCCGGGCCAGAGCUGGGGGGCUUGGCCAGGCCGUGAGUUCCUGGGCAGCAGGCAGUAGCCGCGGGGCAGUGUGCCGAGCCGCCUUUUCAGCAGUUGCAGUGCAGACGUGAAGCUGGCUCCUGCCCUUUCUCCCGAGGAAGGACGCGAUACACUCCGCCCCGCCCCGGUUCCGUGUGUGUUUGUGUGAAUGCCCCUGUCCCCCAACCGCCCCCGGGGCGCUGGGCGGGCUCUGGCUGCAGCCUGGCGCAGCCUUCGGGUGGCUCUGUACAAAAUGCAAAAUAAAUGUUUUUAUUAACAAAA